UAACUCCUCACUCCAUACUUCUGAGUACUAAAAAACAUCGGGCAGGCGCUAGGGGAUCCGGACGGUGCCUCUAUGCGGGCGCUUUGCUGAGCUGCUGCGGCUGGAUUUUUUUUUUUUUUUUUUUUUUUUUUUUUUAAGUUUACCUUGCUGAACUGAUAUCUUUUGAAUCGCGUUUCUUUAUUUUUUAGGGAGCGAAAGGCAGGCACACACACGCACACGGCGAUGUCAUAUCCUCAGGGUUACCUCUACCAGCCCCCAGGCUCUUUGGCUCUGUACUCGUGCCCGGCUUAUGGGGCUUCGGCACUGGCUGCUCCGAGGACUGAGGAAUUGGCGAGAUCUUCGUCUGGAUCAGCCUUCAGCCCCUAUCCAGGAUCGGCUGCUUUUACGGCUUCGGCUGGUGGCUUUUCAAAUCCGCUGUCGUACCCCGCAGACCAUUCCACGGGUUUCCCGUCCUAUAUGGGUUCUCCGUACGACCCACACACAACUGGCAUGGCAGGAGCAAUUAGUUACCAUCCAUAUGGAAGUCCUGGAUACCCGUACCAGCUUAACGACCCGGCUUACCGGAAAAACGCGACGAGAGACGCGACCGCCACCCUCAAAGCCUGGCUGCAGGAACACAGGAAAAACCCUUACCCCACCAAAGGGGAAAAGAUCAUGCUGGCUAUCAUCACUAAGAUGACCCUAACUCAAGUCUCCACCUGGUUCGCCAAUGCCAGGAGAAGACUGAAGAAGGAGAACAAGAUGACAUGGGCGCCUCGGAAUAAAAGCGAGGACGAGGAUGAGGAUGAGGGGGACGGUGAAAGAAAAGACGAUCGGGCGGACAAACAAUUCGACAGCAGUGAAACUUCGGCUGAGGAUGAAGGUAUUAGUUUGCACGUUGAUACUCUCACAGACCAUUCUUGCUCUGCGGAAUCCGACGGGGAAAAGGUCGGUUGCAGGACUGGGCAGACGGUUUGUGAGCCUGGAGCAGAUACUAAGGACAAAUGCGAGGAUGACGAUCAAGAUGCAGAGAACGACGGGGCCCAGCGAGGCGUCUCACCCCAGCCGGUGACCUCGUCGCCGCUGACGGGGACGGAGGCUCCGCUUUUAAACCACAGCCACGAGGACUCGAACAGAAGCAGUAGCAAAGCGAAUCUGGAAAGCAGAGUCUCUUCAGGUCAACAGAAUCAGCCCAUCAAACCCAAACUGUGGUCUUUAGCAGAGAUCGCCACUUCGGACCAGAAGCAGCACCUGGGACAAAACUGCCCUUCAGCCCUUCUGUCAACGACGUCGGCGGCAUCCCCAGCCAGCACCGUUUAUCCUGCCUCGUCCAUCUUGGCAAGGCCUAUUUAUUACACGUCUCCGUUUUACACUAAUUAUACAAACUAUGGCAACUUCAGCCCUUUGCAAAGCCAAGGAAUCCUGCGGUACAAUUCAGCCGCCGUGACUGCUAAUGAGGGGCUCGCCCAGACUGUACUCAGCACGGCCCCCCUGCACAAACAGGCCAAUGAGUCCCCGGUAAAAAGUAACGCAAACCAGCUCGAGCACCACUUCAGACCCUCUAACUUAGAACCCAAGAAAGACACCAUUGACGUGCGCGCAGUAGAAGCCCAACCAUACAUCUCAAGUUAAAAAAGAUUGCGCAAGUAUUGGACGCACCUAAUAAAGACACCGUGACUUCUGUGAUAGGGGGAGUCCCAUCUCGGUAGGAGGCAACAGCACGGAAGCCGGUGUAAAGCGCAGCAUCGACACUGUAAAUGUGCUUGGAACCCACACUCAGGAAUGUCAAGCCUGACCAAUGAAGUAAUGAUGCGUCUUGGACGAGAUGGCGGACCUAUGUAAUGUAUGUAACAUGACACAGGGAAGAAGGAAUGAAAGACGUCAGUCUUAGCAUGGAAAAUAUGGGGCUCAGACCGUGGCUGUGUUCGCCACCACUCAAACCACGCAUUUGCAUCAGGCCCCUGCAUUUUCGGGGCCCCCCUGUUGGCCACAAACAGUCACUACACUAAGAGGGGCAGAAGUGACUUUUUGGGUGGGAACAUUGAAAUAAUAAACCCGCCCUGAAUACAAUGAGGGAAUGUGUGGUCUGGUCCACCAGUAACAAAAGUGUCUCUAUCGUUAGCGAAAAUGACUGCAGGUGAAAGAGAAGCACUUAACCCUGUCAAUGCUCCACCCCUUUCCUUACAGUUAAGUUACAAUUAAAACUAUAAAUAGAUAUAACAUAUAACUAUGCAAAACCUGGACUUUUUCUUCCAGGGUAAAGCAACAUUAAACCUCCUGGAUGCAAAGCUAAUACCUUUCGCCAACAUGCCCUUCCGAAUUCAUGUCAGUAUAACUGUAAUUUAUUAAUGUAAGAAGUUAAUAGAAUGGAAAUUCCAUUUCAGGUACAGACAACGAUAUACAUGUUGCUGUAGGCCAUGAUACUGCUUUCAGUCCCUAUCUAUACUGUUACCAUUCUGUUUAUUCUAAAUGUUAAUAAUGUUAUUUGCCUCGUGCGCAUAUAAGUAAACACUCUUCAAAUCGUGCUGUAAACUAGGGAUGGGAAACGACUUUUUUGAGCCAAGCACAAUUUCCUGGACGAUCUCUCCUUGCUAUCUUGACCGGGAAUAUUAGCUUCAUUUCACUUAAUGGCUACUCCCCCCCCCCCCCCCCCCCCCCCCCCCCCCCCAAUGGCAGAGACCGCGAUUCAUUAACGGCGCUCAAGAAAUCGAGGCCAGCUGUUUCCCGCCGCUUGGCCGAGGACGAGGUGGCGAAAGGCGGGAAACCUAAUCCUCAGCGAUGCUUAGCCGUGCUCAGCACAAUUCAGCCAAGUAAUUACACUCCUCACUUCUUGAGGGCCGUUGAUCUGACGGCAAGAGCAAGUAGCUUUGCUGCUCGCCUUCACAGGAACGACAAAAUCAUAUUCCUUAAUGGCUACUUUUCAACAUGCAUUACCAUUUUUAUUUAAAAUUUUAAUAAAAAGAAAACAAGAGGAAUGUGAUAUUUAUCUUCAGAUAAUGCUGAUGCAUGUUGACGCUUUGGAUUAAUUAAUUGUACUUCAAAAGAACGCUACUGGGUGUGGGUGACUAAAUUAUUAAUUACUCUUUCUUUUUUUCCCAGGCAUAUACAUUGUUUCGUGUUUGUUUUCUGCAUAAAUUUGAUGUUAUACUGAAUCAGAGUAGGUAACAAAGGAGGAGAUGUUUGAAAAGGGAUUAAAGUCGCAAGUGUAUUCACGUCUGUUUGUUGCAUUCAUGUGAUAAAAUAUUGACUCAGUGGUUUAACUAGAAUUAUCAGUUGUGGUCAAAACAGGAUUUUAGGCUUAGGGUUCUGCUUUACAAAUUAUUACAGAUGUUUUUUCUUUUUUGAAGCCCUGCCAUUGUAAACAUACACAAGAAUAACAAAACACGAUUAGUUCUAUUAUCUGCAGAAGUUGCAGGUACUAAGUACCAAGUUCAUUCAUGUUUGUAUUCUUAGGUUGGUUAUCCAUCCGUAAUCUUUAUCUAAAAGUAUUUUAUACAAUGGACAUACUGAAUUAGAAUGUAUUGAGAGACAGAAAGAGCAGAAUUUAGACUGUCAAUGCCUUUGUAAAUAAAUGGAAUCAUAUAUUUUAAAAAUUAAUGAUUUGUGAGUUUUAUUUUUCAGAGUGUCCUGUAAAAGCGAUACAUAUAUUGUGUUUAUUCAUGCUAAAAAUAUUAAAUUGACAACAUGAGAACUUAA